UUAUUGCUCCGUCAAAUACAAGUCCUCCCCGAGUUCUUUCUCUAUUUUUCAUUAUUUCUUUUAUCUCUUUUUGAAGACGGGGGUCUGUAUCUGUACAAAACUUGGAUUAUACCCCCUCAACUUCCUUUCUUUCUUCUAUUGACUUGUGUCUAUAUAUAUCUGUAAUUAAGUUUGAAGAAAGCGCGGGAUAAAGAGAUUUUUUGUGUUGUGUCAACACUUGAAAACCCUAGAUCCAUUCUAAUUCCCGCCCUUUUCUUCCACCGGUCCCGGAUUAUUCAUCGGUAAUUCAAAUAUUUGUGGAAUCGUCACUAUCUCUUUUGUUUCUUUCGGUAAUGGGUGUUUUUGUUUGGUUUUCCAAUGUGAUAAUUCUUUUGGGUUUUCUUGUUGUGUUCGGAUCUCGUUUUGUUUAAAAGAAUCCGAACAUUAUGCAAUUGAUAAUUUGUUUUUAGGGAUUAAAAUCGGAAUCAAUGGCAGGAUGGGCGAUAGUUGUUGAUGGGUCGUCUUUAGAUUGCGGCAAAACCUCAUCGGAGCUCAAGUCCAACUCGUUCUGGGUAACACUUCAACCGCCUUCUGGUCUAGGUCCGGAAGCUAAUAACCUUCCAUACUGUUUCUACCUACUCAUUCGAUCAUUCCUCAAAGGUGUAUGCGCGCUAGGGAGUUCUCGGCCUCUUCCUCCGAUGCUCGGAGAUGGGCAGUCCGUGGACUUGUUGAAGCUGUUCCUUCUUGUCAGGGAGAAGGGUGGGUAUGAUGCUGUUUCAGAAAAUGGCUUGUGGGACCUGGUGACUGAAGAGUCUGGGUUGGCCUUGGACGCUGCGUCGUCUGUUAAAUUGGUUUAUACCAAAUAUUUGGAUGCUCUUGAGAGAUGGUUGGGAGAAACUGUUGACGAGAAGAACUCAAAGAAACUUAGUGGGGAUAGUCAGAGUCUGGUAAGGAAGUUGAUGGAGUUGGAGGCAGAGUUGAAAGAGUUUUUACCGGAACUUAAAAAGAAAGAUGAUAAUUACCCACGUCGUGAAUCGAUCUGCAAGCUGAACUUUUCGGACGAUAGAAACAGGAGCAGAACAGAGUCAGAUGAAGAACCUCCGCUUGCUGAUGAAGACGAGGUAAGGACUACCGCUGCUGGUUUCAGCCCGGAAAAGAAGUCCAUUGAUGCGUUAGUCAAUCUGCAUUCAUGUUUGACGACAAAAAGAGAGCCAAAUACAUUGGAUGUUGAAAAAAAUGAGGGAAACAAUGUAGUGGAGGGGACUGCUUGUGGUGAGAAAUGCACAGGUGUUAAGGAUGUUAACAAUGUUACUGAAGAACAAGUUACUCCUCGAAAGAGGAAGAGGAACACUGACUGUGAAAUGUUAAAGUGGGUUACUAAGGUGGCAAAGGAUCCGUGUAAUCCUGUGUUUGCUUCUUUGCCAGAAAUAUCAAAGUGGAAUUCAUAUGGGAAAGAUGAACUCUGGAAGCAGGUUCUAUUAUUCCGGGAGUAUGUAUUUCUGAAACGAUUUGAUGAUUCAAGUGCUGAAAGAACUGCUUGGCAGAAUCAGAGGAUGCAUCCAUGCCUAUAUGAUGAUCAGAUUGGAUCCAGUUACAAACUCAGAGAAAGGUUAAGUGCCACCAGGACUACCCUUACAGGAAAAUUGACAUCUAAAGCAUCAUUCUCUCUCGGCUCUCAAAUUGAAUUGAAGAAGAGGUCGGGCCAUUUCCUGGCCAGAAAGGAAAACAACAGAUCCCCUGAUUCCUCAGCUAAAGGUUCAGUCUUUGACUACGAGAAUGAUAAGAUAGUUCCUUUGGGACCAGCUUUUCAAGCAGAUGUGCCAGAAUGGACUGGCGUACCCUGUGAAAGUGAUUUGAAGUGGUUGGGUACUCGGAUUUGGCCGCUGGUAAAAACCAAUAACAGAGUCCUGAUUGAAAGGGAUCCUAUUGGGAAAGGAAGACAAGAUUCAUGUGGCUGCCAACACCCAGCUUCUAUUGAAUGUGUCAGGUUUCACAUUGCUGAAAAAAGGAAGAAAAUGAAGGUUGAAUUAGGUUUGGCUUUUUACCAUUGGAAAAUUGACAAGAUGGGUGAAGAAGUAGCCCGUUUUUGGACGGACGGGGAACAGAAGAAGUUUAAAACUUUGGUGGAACUUCCGAGUCUUGAUAAGUGUUUUUGGGAACGGAUACUCAAGUUUUUUUCUAGUAAGAAAAAGGAAGACUUGGUAAGCUACUAUUACAAUGUGUUCCUUUUGCAGAGUAGAGCAAACCAAAACAGGAGUACCCCAACUAAAAUUAAUAGUGACGACGAGUCAGAAUCGGAGGAAGAAAGCAAGUAGAUUGCUUUCAGUUUUUUGAGGUAUAAAUUUUUUCUGUUGUUCCGUUCAUCAGAAUUGCGGAUGUCAAAUACAGGCAUGCCUUUCCCUCUAUUAGGUUUUGACAGUGAGGCUUAGGAACCAGGAUUGAAUAUAGUGAACAUGAAAUAGGAUUAAAGGGUGUGAUGGCCCCAGAAAAGAAAAAAAGAGAAAAAGAAUGGAAAGAAGAAAAUUUGUACCAUUUUGAUAUGACCAUCAAUGAGACAUGUAUUUGAUGAUGUUAUUCGGUUUUGUGAACAUGUUGUAAUAGUUCAUUCUGCUUCUUCAUGUGAUUCCAUCUUAUGUUUGGGAA